AUGUGCAACGCGACAACGCAUGAAUCCUUGUGGCCCAUGUCACAUAACGAGACCCCUCACAGUAAGCAGAAGGGAGUAUUAACACGAGCAAGGGCAAAGCGAGAACAAGAGGGGGAGGUUUGGGAGCCGCGACCCAAGAUGGGUAUGCUGGAGCAAGAGGGGGAGGAGGUGGGGGGUAGGCAAGCCCCCGUGGAGCAACAAAGAGGACGUGAGGCUGACGACUAG